UUUAGCAGUCUUCGCUGAGGCUGAGCACAGUUUAACAGAAGUCAACUUUGGGUGAACGUCAAAAAAUUUCACCGAAGCAUUUGCUUCACCUCUGUGACUCUGUGUUUGGCCGCUGAAACACAACUUUAGCUUUUUUGUUUUUGGACUCUCAGGAUCACAGGUUUGAGCAUGGAGCCGGUCCGGAUGGUUCUGUGUCUGCUGUCCGUGUUUAUCUCGCUAGUCUCGGACAGGUUGGUGGUGUUGGCUUCCUUCUCCCAAGCUACGGACAGCGACUUCACCUUCAGUUUACCUGCUGGCCGAAAGGAAUGUUUCUACCAAACCAUGAAGAAAGAGGCUUCCCUGGAGAUUGAAUAUCAGGUGUUAGACGGUGCCGGUCUCGACGUGGACUUCUCCAUCUCUUCUCCUUCCGGCCAGUUGCUUUUCAGCGAUCAGCGCAAGUCGGACGGCGUCCACACCGUGGAAACUCAUGAGGAUGGGGACUACGUGUUUUGCUUUGACAACACGUUCAGCUCCAUAUCCGAGAAGCUCGUCUUCUUCGAGCUGAUCCUGGACAACAUGGAUCAGGAGGAAGACCCAGACAACUGGAAGGAGCACAUCAUUGGUACAGAUUCGCUGGACAUGAAGCUGGAGGACAUUAUGGACACCAUCAACAACGUGAAGUCUCGCCUGGGAAAAAGCGUGCAGAUCCAGACGCUGCUGCGGGCGUUCGAGGCUCGCGACCGGAACCUCCAGGAGAGCAACUUCGACAGGGUGAACUUUUGGUCGGUGGUCAACCUCUUCGUGAUGAUGGUGGUGUCGGCCGUCCAGGUCUACUUAGUCCGCUCGUUGUUCGAGGACAAGAGGAAAAUUCGCACAUAACAUCGCCUAGAACUGGAUGGACAGAAAUCAUGAAACUAACACAUGUUGACACGGUUACAUUAGGGAUGCUUUUUUUGUUGUUUUGUUUUUGUUUUCCUCAACACCAUUAUGUCUUUUAAAUAUUCAGGUUCAGAACUAAUUCGCUACUGUUGUUGCUUCAAGUUUUCUGUCCACUGGAGUUUGAAUCACAAGUGUCGACUAGCUAUACCUCCACUCAACAACCUUUUUACAAGAAAACUGUUCUCUCUCUUUAUAGCUUUAUACUGUUUUAAGGUCCUUCUUAGCUGCUGUAGCAGUUUACACAACACGUAACAACAAGUUUACGAUAUGCAACUACUUUUCUAAUAGAGCUAGAGCGUUACCAGGCCAGUGGCCAAUUUGCAAAUAUUGUCUUGUUUUGUUUAUUGUGUUUUUCCUGAGUGAAAGUAGUUGAAGUAGUCGCUUGCUGCUGGGAUAACUUAUUUUUGCCAAACAGGAAGAGGAGGAGCAACCAGUUAGGUAGCAUGUCUUAACUGCACUAGGGCAAAAAAAAGAAAUCUACCUGUCAGUUUUUAACUCAUCUCUGAGGUCUGUGAAGUUGGCAGCAAGUACGAAUGCUGUUGGAAAUUAGCCAUGCUUUGUUCCCACACAGCUGCUGAGCAGUCAGGUGUGUGGAUAGGUGAGGUGGGGCUGCGCUGCUGACCCACCCUAGGGACUGUGGAGCGGAAGAGACUGGGUCCGCGGCGUCCCACUGUGAAGGCCCAUGUCUGCUGGUGGGUGUCUGCUUACAGCCCACCUACUGUGUGAAGACGAUGGGUCCGCUUGUCUCUCUAGUGACAGAGGGCUAUUUCUGUCUGACUGACACCUGCAAGGUCAAUGCCACACCCUUCGUCAGCGUUCUCUUCCAUAUACUUAAAAAAAACAAAAACUGUCAUGAUUAUUGCACUGCCUUUGAAAAACAUUUUAACAAAUUGACUUUGGGCACUGGAACUUUGGAGGUGGGUUAGAGGAAGGUCCAGUAAAGAACCGAGGUCUUUACUGGACCUUCAGUAGGCGGUCUUGGAUCGCCUACUGAAGGUCUUCAUUCUUUUUUUUUUUUUUACCUUUUCUCUGUUAAAAUUAUGCUGAUUGUUUGUUUUUUUUUCCCCCUAAAUGUUUUCUUUGUACUUGACUUCACUGUUAAAUGACUUAUGCUAUGAGAGUAAAGACACAUCAUGAGAUCAGGCCUUUACUUCAGAGCCUUAUGUUUAAAGUGCAUAAAACCAAACAUUUACUAGCUGUGUUAAUAUUAUGCAAAUUAGUUAUGUAAUUUGUUCCUCUUUUGUUUUGUCUUUAAUUUGUUUUUCAUAUAUGAAGCAUUCAUCUGCUCAGCUUUCAUCACUGUGUGUUAAGAUUCUGGUAUUCUUAUAAGAUCGAUUUAAAAUGCUUUUGCAAUCCUGGUAGAUUAAAACAUUUCUAAUAGUAUUUCUACAUUACUGAGAAGGAAUAAAGUACUCUGUUGCUCUUUUAAAACAUAUAUUUUCUACUAUUUUGAUGAAGCAGUGGAGGCAGGUUGAGGGAACAUGACAUUUAUUCCACCGAUGUCCUGCACUUGUAGAUGUGUAUAAAUUAAACAAGUCUAUCUUUUCUCA